AGCUGACUUCCCUUGCUGUCUGGAGCGUGCUUGCUUUGUACUGAAUAACCAUCCCCUUGCCUUGCUCCUCCUGUUCCAUUUCCCUACUACAGACGGGAUUAAGUACCAAGAAAAGGAAUGUCUAAAGGAGGCCAGUUCCGGGACACAGGGGUGCUGCUGAGCCCCUGUAGCUGGGACUGGGAGCCAAGGCUCAGAACACCAGUGCUCAUUUGAUCUUGAUUCUUUCUGGGUCAUUAGCGUCGGUGCCUUGUUCCAGGAGUUAACAGGUCCCCAUCACCACCUGGCAUGCAGCUUGCAGCUGACAUCUGCCAGGCCCGGGGAGGGAGCGAGGAGAAGGAGCCCUUGGGCCACCUUCACUGCUGAGAGCUGGGCGGGCGGCGGCUUCUUUUGACGUGCCGCUGGGCGGGUGGAUGAUGUUGGAGAGACUGGUGAAGGGAGGCAUCAGGCUGUAACCGGAGCCCCAGCAGCUGGGGCUCCCUGCAGCCGCCGCCUGCCAGUCGGAGGAGGACGGGCCUGUGAGCGUACGGAGGGGAGGGACUGGCAGCUGCGGCUGCAAACAAGGAAGUCUCCACGCACUGCCCCGGCCGGGAUCCCCAAGCUGCCGCCAUCAUGCCAGAUCCAUCUUACUGUGAUCGGCUGAGGCAGGACAUGUACUUUCUCACGAGAAAUGGCAGACUGAGCGAGCAUCUGGUUGAUAAAAUUAUUCUUCAGCUAAACAGAGUUUAUCCCCAAAUUCUCACCAAUAAAGAAGCAGAAAAGUUCAGAAAUCCAAAGGCAUUGCUUCAUAUUCGGUUGUCAGAUCUUAUAAGCCACCUACAAAAGAAAGGAGACAAACACUGUCAAGAAUUUUACAGGGCCUUGCAGAUCAAUGCCGAACAACUGUAUAAUGAUUUGCCAAGCAGGAAAAUCUUGAAAACCUCAGCUUCCACAGGGAUAGACACAGACAAGGAGAAAUAUAUUCUAACUGACAGGGGUCCCAUGUUCUUCCUUGCUUGCUUUAGUGUUGCUGCAGGAUUAGCAUUGUUCAUGUACUGCUGGAACCCAGAUCCAAAAGUUAUAGGAGGAGCCAAGAAAAUAUUGGGAUUUUCUCCUAUUAUCAUAGGAAGACAUGUUAGAAAUAUUUGUAUGGUAUACAUGGAAGAUACAUCAAGGAAAAAUUAAGGAAAAGCUGCUUCUUCAGUCUUCUGUACAGUAUACCUGCCAAUGGAAAAACAAAUAUACACACACUAUAUAUUAUACCAAAGAUUUAGUUAACGGCUUUAGCAGUAAAUAUGCUGCUUCAAGGUGCUUUCAAAUGGUCAACUCUAUAUGAACUUGUGGAAAUGGAUCAUUUAUUUUUGUAAAUGCUUCUUUUAAAAUAUUUAUCAUUUGGGUAUGAAUGUUUUUAAUACGCACCUUAAAAGGAUAUCCUAAGCAAUUAUAGCUCUUAAGCCGUAUUUGUGUUUUAUACUGGUGUAGAGGAACACAGCCGUUUAAAGGAUGUAAUUCUCUCUCUUUUUACUGGUUCAUUUAAGAAUGACACUUAAAAAACCCAAAGCCUUACUAAGAAAUGGACCUGAUCUUUUUGUCAGGAUUGUUCAUUCCCAUCUGUAUUCUUUAUACUACAUGAGUAUAGGGGCACUGUCCCUACAAUCCUCAUCACUAGCUGGUUCAGUUUGUGUGUAUUCAAAACCUUGCGAGGUUUCCUGACUGCCAUGCUCUGAAAACUCUCUGUUAUCAUUGUUCUAAUAGAUUGAGCAAGGGUAGGCUUCAAACAAUGACCCUUUGACUCUGUGGGAUGGCAGAACUAUCAAGCUUUGGAAGCUACCAAGUAGGUUUUUCAGAUUUACAUAGUUCUUUCCUUUCUAGGGAAGUUUGUUUAGUUUUGGUAUAGCCAGGAAACUGAAGUAGUCCAGCAUAUUUGACAGGGACUUCAGAAAUAAUAAUCAAAGCUGCAUGAUGUGUUUUUGUUUCUGGCUGAAAAUAUGUAUUUUAACAUGAAGUACUGUAAGAUUUUCUAAGGUGGCUUGAUCACACGUUAUAUUGUUUCUUCUGUGGGUAAAAUCCUGAAAAACUUGCGAAAGUCUUUCUUAACACAUCAAGAGUUGGUGUCAGGCUAAAGCAUGUGUGGGAAGUACAGGGAGACAGGACUGAAAAUAAGAUUUGAGGGGGAGGUUGUUUCUUUGUUUGUUUUGCAUUUUGGGCCCAAUCUUGCUCUCAUUGAUGUCAGUAGGAGUCUUCUUUUCUCCUGCUCCUUCUCCUUGCCUGGGGUCUUUCUGUUCCUGAACCUGGCUACAAGUAGUGACGUUCACAAUGGGUGGGUUCUCUUAUGACCUACUCCAGAGUACAAAAGAAACUGGGGAGAUCCUUCCCCAAACUGCUUGGUAGGGCAAUCUCUUCACUGGCCCCACCUUCACGGGAAUGUUUUGCCCAUCAAUUUUAACUUAACAGCCAUUCCUUGAUAUUCCUUUGUAUCCCCAUGGACCCAGUUAAUCAUAGUAUCAGGUAUUGGCUUUGUGGGUUUAUGAUUCUAGAGUCUUUCAAGGUUCACUCUCAAGUACCCCAGUCUUAGGACUUGUCUACACAGGAAAGUUAUACCAAUAUAAGCUAAGGUGUGGAUUUAAAUCACUAUAGUUAUGCCAGUAUAACUCCCUGGGUGGAAUAACAGUGGGAUUUUGGGGUUUAAUGUCACGUUAGAAAGGGAUGAAGCUAAACCAAAGUUUUUUUUAAAAAGCCUCUCAUUCUGGAAUAAGAGUCUCCCUAGGGGGAAUUGUACUGGUAUAACUAUGGCGGUUUAACUAUACUGGUAUAAUUAUACCAAUAUAAUUGGUAAAAGGUCCUGUGUAGACAAGCCCCUUAUUGUGAAAUUUCCCACCCCCGGAGAACAGGUUUCUAGUACUACACCUGGACUAUGGUUGCAUCUUAGGGCAAAACCUAUAUGCACGUCCUGUUUCACCACAUUUAUAGCAGUCUCUCCCCAGUCACAUCUUUCUGAAAAAUGGGACAAGUCUCAGAACCCCCUGCCCUUAUGGCCACCCAUAUGAUAGGGCCCAUUCUUUUCAAUGUGGUAAUAUAAGGUUCUGUAUUGUUUCCUGGCAUCAGGUGUGUCAUCUCAGGGCCUUUCCACACUGGAAUCUGAUAGGAGUCCAUCUCUUUAAGAGCCUAGACAUUGCAGCCCUUUCUUCAUGUGGCUGGGCCCUCCCUGUUCUGUUGAUCUUCCUGAAAUCUCUGGAACUCGUCAGCCUGUGGAGUGUCAUCUGUCUGCUGCCUCCCUUCUGUCCCAGCCCACUGAACAGCGAGCCACUUUAGUAUUGCCCUCACUUGGUCAGGUGGGCCACCGAACAAUCUUGUCUCUGGUUUAGCAGCUGCCCCUAAAGGACUCAGGGCUUAUACUUCAUCCCACUCCUUAACUUCUGGUCUGUACCUAAGGGUGGAUAGACAGGAUCCGUGCUCUAGCUCCUCCAGCACCCCCAGCAAGCAUCUCUUCUGACAUCUUGAUGGGUAGAUGUCCCCACCACGGCCCAAAGAGUAGUAAGAAGUUGUACAAAGGUCCUUUCACUGGGCUGUUUAGUUUUUGACUGUAAUCGCCAAUGCUUUGAUUUAUACUUUUCCCUUAUCUAACCCAAAGUGGUCUUUUUCCCAUUUAGAACCUAAGUGACAUCCCAUGCAUGACCCCCUAUGGCAAAGAGCCUGGAUGAGUGGGUUGGCUUAUAUAACACUAGAGCUCCAGUCAAUCAGCUUGGGAGGGAAAAAAGGCUGGAGCAGCAAUAACCAACUAACUAACAGUCAAAACACAUCCCAGGGGUUGUCAAUAUUAACAGUUCGAUUAGGCAGGUAUUAGUUAGCACCUACUGGUUAGUUCUUCCCCCCCUCCCUCCCGCCCCACCUCCUUACUGACUGUCUGAUCUCCUCUUCCUACCAUUUGACCACAGUUUCCUGUGGCCUUACUGGGCUCACUUGGUGCAGUCCUUAGUGUCCUUUUGUAAACAAUAUCUGGUUCUCUGGUGUGUGGGUAUUUGGGCUGUAAUCUCCCAAACCUAUAAACUAAACCCUGAAGGAAGAGGGGGAAAAAGCCACCCAACAGAAACCUGGCAGCCUCUUCAGGUAUUUGACUAUCCUGUCACAUACACCAGUCAACAUUCAUGGGCCCUGCGUGCCCAUCAGUUAAUGGCUAUGGCCCUGAUCCAGCAAGGGCUGUAAGCAUGGGCCUAGCCUUAAGCAUGUGAGUAGUUCCAUUGAUGCCAGUGAGACUACUCAUGUGUUUAAGUGCCUUCCUGAGUUGGGGCUUUUACCAGAAAAUCUGCAAUUUUUUCCCAGUGUCUGAGUUUCAGAGCACCCUAAGAAGGUAGUAAUGACAGGAUAGUUUAUACCUAAGAAUUCAUCGGACUCUUCAGUCUGAUCAUCUUACUCCAAAGAGAACAACCUGCAUUAUCCUCUUAGAAACAACUGAUCUUGUAAUACAUUGUUUCCUUCCGAGACAAAUUUCACGAGAGGCAAUAGCAGGCCUGGGGAGGAGAGGGAGACACAGAACCAGAUUUCUGAAUAACAGAUCCGUUUUGGCACCAAUUUGUGACCAAUUGAGGAAGGGCUGAAAUAGGGCCCAAAGGGGUCCCAUUUCUCCCCCUACUGAUGUCAGUGGGGGGGUUUCCAUUGCAGUGGAUGGGAGCAGAAGCCAGCCAUAACUAGACAGCAUUGUUUGUCUAUUACAUUUUGAAAACUCUGUGUUUUCAGUGGUGUAACUAUGUUAACUUCACCAGAGGAGCUCCUCAUUUACAUACACAUACAGCAAGGUCAGGAGUGGGUCACAGGACUAUUUAAAUAUAUAACAUAAGAUGGACAUGAAUAAAGAUUCUGUGUAAAUGAAAUAACA